GUUGGACUAGUUAACUGUAAGGUUGCAAGAUUGGAUCCCCUGAGAUGACAAGGUGAAAAUCUGUCGUUCUGCCCCUGAACGAGGCAGUUAACCCACCGUUCCCAGGCCGUCAUUGAAAAUAAGAAUGUGUUCUUAACUGACUUGCCUGGUUAAAUAAAGGUAUAAAUGAUAAUUAAUCGGCCUAAUUAAUCGGCCAUUCCGAUUUUAAUCGGUCGACCUCUCUAUUCUGGAUUUUGUCAAUGAGACCCUUUAUCGACUUCCCCAGAGUCAGAUGAACUCGUGGAUACCAUUUUUAUGUCUCCGUGCAGUUUGAACGUAGUUGCUAACUAGCGUUAGCAUAAUGACUAGGAGUCUAUGGUAUCUGCUAGCAGAGAUCCUAAAGUAUCCCUUUAAUUUGUAGACGGUAACACCUCUUACAUGGUUGUCCUGUGAAUCAUUGGUACAUGGUUGUCCUGUGAAUCAUUGGUACAUGGCUGUCCUGUGAAUCAUUGGUACAUGGCUGUCCUGUGAAUCAUUGGUACAUGGCUGUCCUGUGAAUCAUUGGUACAUGGCUGUCCUGUGAAUCAUUGGUACAUGGCUGUCCUGUGAAUCGUUGGUACAUGGCUGUCCUGUGAAUCGUUGGUACAUGGUUGUCCUGUGAAUCAUUGGUACAUGGCUGUCCUGUGAAUCGUUGGUACUGUGAAUCAUUGGUACAUGGCUGUCCUGUGAAUCGUUGGUACAUGGUUGUCCUGUGAAUCAUUGGUACUGUGAAUCAUUGGUACAUGGCUGUCCUGUGAAUCGUUGGUACAUGGCUGUCCUGUGACUUGUCAGCCUCUGGCAGAUGAUCUGAUGUCGGUGAUGCUGACUAAGCUGAAGACUGAGAGGACUGAGCUGCCUGGGUCUCACCUCCAGGCUCUGGUUAGAGUCUACACUGCUCUGUGCCGACAGAGGAGGGACUGGGACAGAGCACAUAUCCUGGCCUACAGCAUCCUUAGAGAAGAUUUCCCUGAGUCAACCAAGCUGGUUCUGUUCAUGGUGACCACAUGGCCCAAUGUGUUCUCCUGCAGGACUGUAGUGUGCCAGGCCAUCCACACGGUCACCAAGGUCAAAGCUCACGGAGAGGUGCUCCACUGCCUAACUGCUUACCUGGGAUGGGAGACGAGUCCUCCGAGUGACGUGGAUCAGUUGGUGUCCCGCACGUUGACGUCCGUCAGAGCUGCAGCUGAGAUGACCUUCCAGAAACACCCGCGACAGGGACGGGACCUGAACCCCGUUGCCUGGCAACACGUCUUCGCCCUGGAGCUGCUCUGCUCUCACACACACUGGAAGUGGACCCAUGACAACCUACUGAGUACAGAGCUGUGGCCGAUGAUGAACUCCUGGGUGACCCAGCCCAGGCCAAGACAAGCACCCAUCCAGGAUAUCACUGUGGCUGCGGUCCUCAGACUCAUAGGGCGCCUCGGGCAGCUCGGAAUAAAGGAGAGAUGCGGCUCGUCUGUGAAGAACAUCGCCAGGGUCAUCAACACAUUCGCCAGACACGGACAGUCAGAAGGUGUUCCCUGGGAGGUCCAGCUGGCAGCUGUCUACACUGUCUACGACCUGUCGCCUAGCAACCCCAAGGAGGCUCUGGCUGCGCUGGCGUCAUGGCGAGGGAGAGACCACCCAACCCGUCCCCCCGCUGUCACCAGCUGCAUCACACAGAUCGCCUCGCUCUGCCGACACAUCAAACCCUAG